AUGACUAAGACCGACUCGGCCUCUACAAACCCAACGUGCAUGACCACUAAUCGAAAACUCAUUGGUGAUGUGAUGGCUCCAAUGGUGUUUGGAGUAUUCCAACAACACAAGAUCUUCCCACUCAUUCUCUCUUUGACUUGUGCCUUAAUGCAUUAA